AAUGUAUUUACUUAUGAAUUAGGGCCAUGAAAGGGAAUAUUAACCUCAUUCAAUCAGUGUUAAUGUUGUUGUGAACUUAGAAAUAAAUAAUUUAAAUUUUACAUUGUCUAUUGAGCCUGAGAUUUCAUUUAAUAUAUUUGCAUAAAAAAUCAAAGAAUAAAUAUUUGCAUAACGGAUGAAAGCUUAAUAUGAAGAAAAAAUAGAAUGGUAAUUAGGUAAUGGAAGCAAUCUUCAAGAAAACGAUGGAAGAACUCUUUAAUCAUUAGGUUUUACAAACAAUUGUACAUUAUAUGUCAGACUAAAACUAAAAAAAAUGGGUGCAAUCAGUGUUAAUGUUGUUGUGAACUUAGAAAUAAAUAAUUUAAAUUUAUCAUUGUCUAUUAAUCCUGAGAUUCCAUUUUAUAUAUUUGCAUAAGAAAUCAAAGAAUAAAUAUUUGCAUAACGGAUGUAACCUUAAUAUGAAGAAAAAAUAGAAUGUUAAUUAGGUAAUGGAAGCAAUCUUCAAGAAAACGAUAGAAGAACUCUUUAAUCAUUAGGUUUUACAAACAAUUGUACAUUAUAUGUCAGACUAAAACUAAAAAAAAUGGGUGCAAUCAGUGUUAAUGUUGUUGUGAACUUGGAAAAAGCUAAUUUAAAUUUAUCAUUGUCUAUUGAUCCUGAGAUUCCAUUUUAUAUAUUUGUAUAAGGAAUCAUAGAAUAAGUUUUUUCAUAACCGAUGUAACCUUAAUUUGAAGAAGAAAUAGAAUGGUAAUUAGGUAAUGGAAGCUAUCUUCAAGAAAACGAUGAAAGAACUAUUUAAUCAUUAGGUUUUAAAAAUAAUUGUACAUUAUAUGGCAGACUAAAAAGAAAAAACAUGGGAUUUUAUAAAAAAAAAUUAUAUAAAGUAUUAGUGGUAUUGGAUAAUAUAAUUGAAUUAUUUAUAGAAUAAUAUCAAUUAAAUCCAGUUUCGUGUCUUUUUCAUGAUAUUUUGAUAGAAUUAUUCAAAAAUUAACAACUUAAAUUUGAUCGUCCAUUUGCUUUUUUUAUAAAUGAAACAGAAAUUAAUCCAUUUGAUAUUCGAUAAAUAAGAGAUUUUGAAACAUCCAAAGGUAUAAUAUUAAAAUUAAUCGUCCCAAAUAAAGAAGUUAAUAAAGAUUCAAUGGAAAAAUAUCAAUUUGCUUUAAAUUUUAAUAAUUUAAUAAAGCCUUCUUCGAGAAAAAUUAUAAAAAUAGAGUAAAAUAAUGAUAUCGAAAUGUUUGCCUAUAAUGAUUAUUCUCUAUUCGAUAUAAUUUAAGUUAUUUGUAAAGAUUUAAAAAUUUACCCAUAUAAGUCAAUAAAUUAUUAUAUUAAUAAUGAAUAAUUUUAAGAAUCUCAACUCAAAAAUGCUUAUGCCAUUAAUAAUAUAAAAGUUAAUAAUUAAAAUACUAAUGAAACUGGGGGUAUUGUUGUUUUUAAAGUAAUUGGAGAUAUUUAUAAAAAAUUAAAAAUUAGGGGUUACAUAAAUGACUAUGAAUAUAAUAUUGAAGAAUUUAUGUCAACGAAUACUUCAAUGACAGAAUUCUUAAAAUAUGUAAAGUUCAAAAUAUUUGGUCCAAAAUAAAUUGAUUUUAAACAAACUAUUAUUGGAUAAGACGAUUUUGAAGCUAGAGUAUCUUAUGAAACGAUUGAAAAAUGA